UCAAAAAGAAAGAGACGAUUUUGUAAGUCAAACUAAAACUAAUACAAGGGAAGUGAUAAAAUUUGCACAGCGAGAUAAUGUCAAAGCAAGUGAUCAACAUAUUGAUUGUGACGACAUUCGAAGAAUCUGGAGAAAUUCAACUGCUGAGUGCACAUGCUACCUACUUGAAUAAUAAUACCAAUGUCCUAUAUUGCUUACCAGAUGACGCAUUGCAACAGUGCAACCAAGUCAGUUAUAAAAUCAUUUUCACGGAUGUAGAUCUAUCGCGCAAUAAUGAAAUGUUGAGGAUCAUAACAUCCAUUAGAAAAAAAUGUUCUAAAAACAAAGACACACCCAUAAUAGCUGUCCAUCAACGACAUAAUAAUGACGAUUUAGAUUAUUAUGGAGUAACAGAUGUUUACAAAGGCGAGCUUAACAAUACUGUCGUCAAGGAAAUUCUAGAUAAAUACAAGUUAGUAUUUGAGUCCACAAAUUUACUAGAAGAUAAUGAAGAUAGUGAGUCAACAAAUGGAAAAAAAACUCGAGACGAAAAUAUAUUGACUGCAUCUGUACCUAAUUCCAACAUAGCAGGUAAAAAGGAAGAGCAUCAUUUUUCUUCACAGAAGAGUCCAUCAUUUGUGGUGUCAUCAAGUUGCUUAAUUAGUAACGGAAGUUCCAAAGUUUCUUUAAAAUCAAUAAAUAAAGACUAUGCACCUAAUCCCACUCGAAAUCUUUAUCGCACUCCAAUUCCUCGCAAUAAAACCCUUAAAGAACUUCAUCAUAUGAGCUAUCAACCAAAUAUAAACGAAACAAUGCGAAAAUAUCCUUUUAUACCACCUAGCCAUAAUUUGAAUUCUUCUUAUAACAUGCCCUAUAUGGUUAGUGGUUUACCAGGAUCUGCCGACAUGAAAAUUACUAUGAUGCCAGAUGACGUUACAAAACAUAGCACUAAAGAACGAUUGAGAAGGGAAAGGAUUAAAGAGUGUUGCGAUCAAAUGCGAGAUAUGUUACCAAGAUAUUCUGGUCAUACAAGAAAAAUAGAUAUGGCUACUGUUUUAGAGUUAACUGUCUUAUACAUUCGCGUUAUUCAAAUGCAUUCGCCGGCAGUUGUCCUUGAUCAAUGUUCACAAAUUUUUCAAAACUUCUGCCGUCAGGUUACAGAAAAAAUGAAAGAGAGUGAAGAUUCACUUGUAAAGGAAUAUACAAAGUCAACUAAAAAGUCAAAUGAUACGAAAUCAUCGUUGCUAAGCAUGGCAAAUCUCGUUUAUCUUAAUCAUAACUAUCCACGGUGUUCUGAGGAAUCUAUGUCACCUUUCACACAAUAUUUGCGCAACAAUCCCUUUCAACCAAUUGAGUACCUUGGUAUUGGUAUACCAACCAAUGAAUUAUACCAACAGCAGCUAUCCCAUCAAACCCAAUAUGCUGCUUCAACGCAUCUACAAAAAGAUCAUUUAUUCACAGAUAGUAGUAUAAACUCCGAACAAAGUGUAUACGGAAGCCAUUUUUAACUUUAACUUAUAUUUUAAAACUUUUUAAAAGUUUUAUAUAAAUAAUUAGAACUUAUUAUGUUUAUGAGUGCUUUUGUAAUCACUGAAUAAUAAAAAAGAGUAGUUGUUAUGUU